AUGGGCGUGGUUUACCGCCCGCAGGGUCAACAUGCGCCGAAAGUCACGCUGCUCAGUGGAGGUGGUGGAGGGCAUGAGCCGGGACAUACUGGCUACGUCGCCAACGGUAUGCUCGAUGCAGCUGUCAGCGGCCCAAUUUUUGCUUCUCCAAAUGCAAAAUUCGUUCGCGCAGGCCUUCGUCAUAUUGCGUCACCCAAAGGGUCUCUCGUUGUCAUCAAGAAUUACACCGGCGACCGCCUCAAUUUUGGCCUUGCUGCAGAGCAAGCAAGAGCGUAUGAUGGUCAAGAGCUCGAGACUGUGGUAGUCCAGGAUGAUGUAGCAGUCCCUCGAUCACGUUGCGGACUUGUUGGACGACGUGGUCUGGCAGGCGUUGUCCUUGUGCACAAGGUUGCUGGAGCAUCUGCAGCUGAAGGUGCUGCGUUGGCUGAAGUAGCUGCGAACUCACGGUAUGUAGCGGAUCGCCUCGCUACCAUCGGUGUGUCAUUGGAAGCUUGCUCUGUUCCUGGAUUGCAAGAAGGUCGCACAAUCGCUCCAGGCGAAAUGGAACUUGGAAUGGGCAUUCACAACGAGCCCGGGUCCCAACGCAUUAGCAGCGAGCAGGAUAUCAUGUCACUCGUCGGCAGUAUGCUAUCUGCCAUUCUGGAUCAGUCGAACAAAGAGCGGGGAUUCUUGAACUGGAAUAAUAACACGCAGUUUGUGCUCUUAGUCAACAACCUCGGGGGGCUGUCCAAAUUGGAGCUGCUUGCAAUAACUGACCACGUAUUGCACGGUUCGAAGACGAACUUUGGAAUGAGUCCGUCUCGGGUAUACUCAGGCACCUAUCUGUCUUCGCUCGACGGACGCGGCUUCUCUAUUACCCUGCUGGCUUUAGAACAGGCACACUCUGCCGAUGUGUUUAGGUUACUAGACGCGCCGACUUCUUGUGUCAACUGGCAAGUUGCUCUGCCUUUCAAUCAACAUAGUACGGCCGUCCGCCCCGACUCACCACUUAAGGAGGCUCCGCCUAUGGACAUUGAUACUACGCCUCUAAAGCAAACAAUCCAAUGUGACGCAAAUUUCUUCAACGCCGUGAUACAAAGCAUCUUCUCCUCGCUAGAGCGAGAAGAGCCUGCAAUAACUCGCUUUGACACCUAUCUUGGCGAUGGAGACUGCGGCACGACACUCCUUGCUGGUGCCGCAGGUCUCAAGCAGACAUUCUCAGACUUAGCCACCGCAAAUAUGUUUGAUCUCCUGACCAGUACUCAACGUCUGACUGACAGUCUGGGCACAACUAUGGGCGGCACUUCUGGCGCGCUUUAUUCCAUCUUCUUCUCCGGCUUUGGUGGAGGCCUUCAACAAGCCGCCGGCAACAACCCAAACGUAUCACUCUCAUUGGAUUUGAUCAGCGACGCGCUCAUGCAAGGUCUUGCUACGAUGAGGAAGUAUACCAGUGCUGGUGUCGGUGAUCGCACUAUGAUGGAUGCGCUUAUACCUUUCGUGCAGUCAUUACAUAUGGGCGCUGAUCAGGAUGCUGUUGCCGCACUGAACGAGGCUGUUGACGCAGCACGAAAAGGCUGUGAGAGCACCACUCGCUUGCAAAGCAAAUAUGGAAGAUCUACAUAUGUCGGUGCUGCGCAAGAGGCUGGCGAAAAUGAAGCGGACGCAAUCCCAGAUCCGGGUGCUUGUGGUGUAGUAGCGAUUGUUCAGGGUAUACUGGAUGCGAUGAUAGCGCAGAGAGUGGCUUAUUGA